CUGGACCUGGCCGUGCGAAUUGGAGUGAGAAAAAGGAGGAAAGGCGACCAACGCGUGGGACCCAGAAGACCAGGCGCUCAGCAGCUGCUCCAUUGUCCCACCGCCCAAUCUGCACAUACACUCGCCACACCUCCAACCCUUGGACACUAUCCACCAUGCCAAAGAAAGCCAUCGCAAAACCCACCACCCGCAAGCUACCCGCGGGCAAAGGCCGCGCCCCAGCACGCAAACCAGCAAAGAAACCGCCCGUCUCGUACGACUCAACCGACAGCGAUGGCGUGUCUGAUGGGGAGAAGGAGGACGAGGGUGGGCAGAGUCAGGGAUUGUCGGAGCUGCUGGGGUUGUUUCAAGCCCAAUUCAAGAAGCAAUCCACAAAACGCGCCAAAAAAUCCAUGUCAAAGCACGACGUCACGCUUGCCGCUAAAAUGGCGGAGAUCCAGAAGCGGAUCGCGGAGACUGAGAAGGAGAGGACACACCAAAUCGAAUCCACAACACGAAAAUACGACGCCAUUUGGUUGCAUCAAGACACACAACUAAAAUCCUUCCGGGAACACUACCACUCCGUCCUCUGCGGCUGGUCAACCACCAUCGAGCUGCUGGCUCUACACACCGAGGAAGUCCGCAAGGCCGAUCGGGUGGUUGUGCAGGAGAUGGGGGAUGAGUGUGAAGCGAAUAUCGCGCAGGCGACACAUAAAAUGAAGCAGAUUGAGAAGGAUGUGGAGGGGAGUAGGGGGGCUGUUGUGGAGAUGACUAAGGCGGCGUUUGAUACGGACAGGGUCAAGAACGCGUUGAACCUAUUGAUUAGCUCGUGAAAUCACCCUUUUCGCUGCGGCGUAGUGUAGAAUGGGCAUAUUGUACGUGAUCCGUGUGGAGUCUGGUCUGGUAGAGGAAGUU